UUCCAUCAAUAAUUAACCUUGUGGAUAAAGGAUUUGGAAUGGGAUUUGCACGAUCUAAGCGUAUUAUAAUUCAUGGGACACCUACUGCACCAACGUGUUUUGACAUUAACUUUGCUGAGGAUGGUGUGCCUGGAGAUACUGCUGACAUUCCAUUACACUUCCGUCCAGACUUUGCUCAAAAGAAGGUCAGUGGAUAG